AUGACUAAUAAAAGCUCCAUACUUGUUCAGUAUGACCGAGUAAAGAUACAAGUCGUAGCUACGAAACCCUCGUUGGGGUUCUACAAUGCUGCAGAAAUAAAGCAAAAGCUGAGUGUCAAUUCUUGGAAGAGGAUAGCAGAUCCGAUUUUGCACAUUGAGCUACGUCGUUGGGCCGAUCUCGUCCUCAUUGCUCCCUGUUCUGCAAACACGCUCGCCAAACUAGCCGGUGGUCUAUGUGAUAAUCUGGCCACGUCGCUGCUGAGAGCGUUACCCCCUAUUGCGACUUUACCUUCUAUCCGUGAUUCGGAAGACACGUCCAAGCGGGGUAUGCAGGUGUGGGUGUUUCCGGCCAUGAACACUUUUAUGUACGAGCACCCGUUGACGGCCAUGCAUCUCAAAAUGGUUCAAGACGUGCUCAAAUACCGAGUCGAAGGUCCAAUAG